AUGCCACAAACGCUUGUAUAUGGUUUGGAUUUCACUAGUCAGAUAAUGAGUAGAAAGCUACGUUCAAUGGAUGCAAAACUUGUGAUGACAAGCGCUUGGACAAAUAUGAGCUUUGCAAUCAAACAUAGGGAUAUAGAAAGGGAAUGGGAGAAACGGGGUGGAGUUAUGCUUUGGAGCAUCUUGGAGCAAAUGAGCAAUGGAGCUUGUGGAGCACGGCUCACCUCAAGGAUUGCUCUCUUGGUUUGCUUCAUAGUUUUGGUUUUAUUUAAUUUUGAGUAA